GGUAAGUUUCCUCCUAUUUUACAUCCAACUUGCUAACAGACACUCGGCGACAACAAUGUUCAUUUGCAGUUAAUCAUUUGCCUUAAAUGGAUUAUGGUGCUACCGUUGUAACGGUUUCCCCGUUUCUUCGUGUCGCCGUGGGGUUAUUUUACCGACAUUCUCCGUGGAAACUGGGGCGAUGCUAACCGGUUAGCCCGGGGUUUCCGCCUCAGCUCGCCGGAGGCUGUUCUGUUGUUCCGCGCAUUUUUCGACCACCUAACCGCUAAAACAGGUUUAAUAACAGUUAAGCGGAACUCGGUCGCCCAGUCAGUCUCAAAUCUAACAUUCUAGAAAUUUAGCUACACGUCUUUAAAAUGAGGACUUGAGUUUAUCGUUAGCGGUUGUUUUUUUUUUAACCACCAUCGCUGCCUCUUUUGUUUUGACAAAGGAAGGAAGAGCAGCUGAAUUUCUUCUUUUUUAUUUAUUUCUUUGCCACUACACCCCACUUCAGGUGGGGAGCCAGCUCCAUUUCUCCCCCAGCCUCUGACCUACAUGGCUCCGCACAAGCAGAGCUCCUCAGGUGGAGGCCACCACCAUGUGGGUUUCGGUUCUGGAGGAAAAACCAACGGGUUGUACCAGCCGCCCUCCGCCGCAGCCAAGAAGCCCAACAUGCAACUGAUUCAGGCCGACCACGAGUUGUUCCUGCAGGCCUUCGAGAAGCCGACACAAAUCUACAGGUUCCUCCGCACAAGAAACUUGAUAGCUCCGAUAUUCCUGCACAGGACGCUCACCUAUAUGUCCCACAGAAACUCCAGGAGUAACACCAGAAGGAAAACCUCCAAGGUAGACAAUCUGUUGUUCAAAGUGGAAAAGAUGAGAGGAGAGCAGGAGACCCUCAGUUUGGCCUCCAAUCUGCAGCUCACCUUUACUGGUUUCUUCCAUACAGCUGGUAAAUCGUCUCAGGACAGCGAGAAUGAACAGAGCUCGGUUUCUCUGGAGGUCCUGCUGGUCAAAGUCUGCCACAAGAAGAGGAAGGAUGUCAGCUGUCCGGUGAAGCAGGUCCCAACAGGGAAGAAGCAGGUCCCUCUGAACCCAGAGACCAGUGCUGGAGUCCUGGUCAAACUGGGCUCCCUUCCUAACUUACUGGUUCCCAGCAGCGAGUUUGAACCCAGUAACUCGCACAUGGUCAAGUCCUACUCUCUGCUCUUCAGAGUAUCGAGGCCCGGAUGCUCCAGAGGCCAGAUCCACGGGUUGAGCAACGGAGAGAACCACCACAGAGGAGAUUUUUCAGACGAAUCCGUCAACAGGAAGAGGAGGAGCUCGUCUCUCAGGGAGGAGGGAGAAACCACGUUUGUGGCUCAGAUGACGGUCUUUGAUAAAAACAGGCGUCUGCAGCUGCUGGACGGGGAGUACGAGGUCUCCAUGCAGGAGAUGGAGGAGUGUCCCAUCGGCAAGAAGAGAGCGACCUGGGAGACCAUCUUGGAUGGGAAGCGUUUGCCUCCGUUUGAGAGUUUCUCUCAGGGUCCGACCCUGCAGUUCACCCUACGUUGGACCACCGACCCGUCCGAUUGCUCCACGGCGCCUGUUGCCAAACCUCUGGCCACCCGCAACUCCGAUACCAACCAGGACACCCGGCCGAGCACGCAGAGAGCCACGCACGCCCAGGCUGUUAAAGAAUCCACGCAUGCCGACAUGCAGACCAGGAGGGAGCAGAUCUCAGCCGAGCCUCGACAGAAGCUACGCAUCUUGUAUCAGUUCCAGUACAACAACAACUCGCGGCAGCAGACGGAGGCCAGAGACGACCUGCACUGCCCCUGGUGUACGCUGAACUGCAGAAAGCUGUACAGUCUGCUGAAGCACCUCAAGCUGUCGCACUCACGCUUCAUCUUCAACUACGUGCCUCAUCCCAAAGGAGCGAAGAUCGAGGUUUCCAUCAACGACUGCUACGACGGCUCGUACGCAGGAAACCCUCAGGACGUCCACCACCAGCCCGGCUUCGCCUUCAGCAGGAACGGCCCCGUCAAGAGGACUGUGGUCACACACGUCCUGGUCUGCAGACCCAAACGGACGAAGCCUAGUCUGUCCGAGUUCCUGGAGCCGGAGGACGGCGACCGGGAGCAGCACCAGCAGACGUACGUCAGCGGACACAACCGGCUGUACUUCCACAGCGACAGCUGCCUGCCGAUGAGAGCGCAGGAGAUGGAGGUGGACAGCGAGGACGAGCGGGACCCCGACUGGCUGCGCGAGAAAACCGCCAAGCAAAUCGAGGAAUUCACCGACGUCAACGAGGGCGAGAAGGAGAUCAUGAAGCUGUGGAACCUUCACGUCAUGAAGCGCGGUUUUAUCGCCGACAACCAGAUGAACGAGGCCUGCCUGGUGUUCGCCGAGCACAACGCCGCCGCCAUCGUAGAGCACAGCCUGUGCCGCAACUUCCUGCUGCACCUGAUCAGCAUGCACGACUUCAACCUGAUCAGCACGCUGACCAUCGACCGGGCCAUGGCCAGGCUCCGCCUCCUCCAGAGCCAGAAGACAAAGAGGGACAAAGGCCAGGAGGAGGAAGACGAAGAGGAGGACUGGGAGACGGCCAUGGAGUCCCAGCCGGAGCCGGAUCCUGAUCCCGAUCCAGACACGGCCGAGUUUAAGCCCUGCGGCGAGGAGAGCUGAAACGGGCAGCAGUAAGAGGACGAGGAGGAAAACCAAAUGUGAAGCAGCAGAACCCUGAAAUGGACAAUCAAAGGCCUGAAUCCGUAAAAACAGGAAGGAAGACCCAAAGCGUCAAUGAGACCGGAAGCUCCAGAUCUUCAGGAUUUUGGUUUUGAUGUUUUUAGGGUUUUUUACCUCUGAGAUUCAAAGGUGCUACGAGUUUCCUGGGAGGAAAAAACAACAACUUCAUCCUGAAUCUGUGCUUCUUCAGAUUCUUCUUGAAUCUUCCAGCGGCUUAUUUACAGACUUCACAUGCUUUGAUAUUUUUGUUUUCAGUCAUCAGUUAAUUUUUUUUUCCCAGACGCGUUUAAAACUCGUCACGUUUUCUCUGGGUCUCGGUAUUUAUCCAGUUUAAAAUCGUGCCAGAGGUUCUGACUCUGCAGAUAAAGAAACUGAUCUUGGAUACGCUGAAACGGCAGAUUCCCGGUUUCAUCACUGGUGCUAAAUGUGUUUUAUUCCUCAGAAGCGACCUCUCGACUGUCUCACAGCGCCACCUACUGCCAGCACUCAGAUUUCCAAUUUUCUUAGGACCAUUUUAGCGACUGAAAGCCUCUGGUUUGUAGUUUGAAGCCGUUAACCUGCAGUUUCCUACCGUCUGUGGCUAAAACAAGGUGCUCUUUCUUUCUCUGGAUGUUUGUACAUAAAGCUGUAGGUCGAACCAAUUAGCUUUUGCUUUUCUUAAAAUUAGUUUGGAAACAUGGAGCAGAAUUUAGUUUCUGGUCCAAAGGAGAUUCAGUCACUUCUCAUUUCCUGUUUUGCUGCUUCUUCUUCUUUUUGUUUGUUUUGUUUUCAGUUCUUUCCUUGCAUCCAGAGCCUCCUGGAUGAACGCAGUCCAGACUUUAACGCUGCCUUACUUUACCUGCUCCAUCCGAACAGAACCGGCUCCCCGUGCAGACGACCCACAGCUGAUGAGUCCGUUUGUUUGGUUUUUGACUGGAUCUUUUUAUUUCUUCACAACACCAGCAGCAUUUUGCACAAGAUGGGAGGAGCCAUGUCUAAAAGUAAUAAUAUUAAUAUUAAUUAAGAAAAAAAAAAUAAGACUGGUCUUAAAUAAUGCUGUAAAGAACCAGCUUGACGAUAUAAACUGAGUCAAAAUGGUUUUCUAAUAAAGUAAUAAUGUGAAGAGCAU